GUGCGGAACGACGAUAUGAGGGGAGCUUGAGCUUGGACGUUAGCAUGACGUUUGCCCGGCUUGAUUAUUUAGCAACCGAGACGAGAACCUCAAGAAGACACGCAUUUUUAUCUCUUCAAAGAUCCUUGACCCUGUCCACUCAACUGCCACUGCCAAUUGCUAGCAGUCAUCAAUUGUAGCCAUGUCUGCCUCGCUCCUUCGCACGUCUGUCGUGCGCUAUGCCCUCCGAGCCUCUGCUCCGAAGCCAUCCACUAGGGCUGGGUUGGCGGGAACAGCCUUUGUGCGCGGGAAGGCUACGCUGCCUGAUCUCCCAUAUGACUACGGCGCGCUCGAACCAGCCAUCUCUGGCAAGAUCAUGGAGCUCCACCACGACAAACACCACCAGACAUACGUAACCUCACUCAACAAUUUCUCCGAGCAAAUGGCAGAAGCCAAGCAAAAGGAAGAUAUCACUGCACAAAUCGCGUUGCAGCCAAUGAUCAACUUCCAUGGAGGCGGCCACAUCAACCACUCUCUCUUCUGGGAGAAUCUUGCCCCCACCUCGGAGGGAGGCGGUGAGCCGCCAACGGGACAACUGGCCAAGGCCAUCAACGAGAGUUAUGGAAGUUUAGAUGCCAUGAAGGAGAAAUUCAAUGCGGCAUUGGCGGGCAUUCAAGGGAGCGGGUGGGCGUGGUUGGUGCAGGAUACGCAGACUGGAAGCAUCUCAAUCAAGACCUACGCCAAUCAAGAUCCUGUUGUCGGCCAAUUCCGCCCGCUUCUUGGCAUCGAUGCUUGGGAGCAUGCGUACUACCUCCAAUAUCAGAACCGCAAAGCCGAGUAUUUCAAGGCUAUCUGGGAGGUCGUGAACUGGAAGGCUGCUGAAAAGCGCCUGAAGUAGACCUAAGCAGAUCCCAAUUUCAUUUGUUUUGAGGAAGUGGGGGUGGAGAUGGCCUUCCUUCUAAUGUUCCUAAGAUAGCUGGAAGAGUGAAGUUUGGCGCUGGAGUAGUCCUUUUUCUACCAUCUAGGAAAUAUUGAACGACAUUAGCUGCGACGUUACAAUCAAGAGUGUUCAUAACAACUAUGUAAUAGAUUUGCUUCG